GAGGUUAUGUUUACUUUUAAGGUUAAUCAAUAAAGGUUAAUUUCUACAUAAAAUAAAAAUUCAAGUACUGAAUAUUAAAUUAAAGUAAUAACAAAACAGAACACUAGUAGAAUGGCUUUACAGGAAGUAGCAGAUGAAUAUUUUCGUAGCAUAAAUUCAACGGCUAAAAGGCUGUGUGAAGACAUGAAAGAAAUCAAAUCUAAUUACGAACACCUUUGGGAUGAUUUUACGGAGAGCGAAAAGUCUGAAAUCAUUAACGAAACGAUUGUAAAACCAGAGAUAUCAAUUCAAUAUGCAAAGCGUGGAAAUGUUAUUAAAAAGGAGUAUCAACCUUUACGGAAAGGGGAUAACAAUUACAGUUUUAAAGAUGAACAUUCUGGUCCAUUCCAAUUUAGGACUGUUAGUCAAGAAAACUUAUUUAUGUCUGGUACUAAUAAAAUUAGUUCUAGAAAUAACAAAGCAUUUAAAAAUAAGGAAAAAAAGGUUGAAAGCACCAUUUGUGAAGCUAAAAUGGAUGACUUGAAUGCCAUACCAAAGACUGGAUUAGAUUUAUUGGAUAAUUGGUAAAUUCGGUAAUUUAUGUAAAAUUUUAUUUAUGUUUUAUUGUGUUUUGUGUAAUUGCUCUGGAUGUUCUAGUCAAGCAAAAUGUUUUUGUUGUUGUUAUACUGCCAUACAUAUCAUAAAAGAACUGAUUGCUUGUUGUUUAUUUAAGCAGUUUUACGUACCAGUGUUUUUCUGUUUUAAUUUAAAGUAAUAUUUUUAGACAAGAAAAAAUUUAAAUUUACACAACUAAUAUACUUCUUGAAUAUGUACUUUUAUAAAAUGUAUACAAAUAAAUACAUACAUAAAUAA